AUGGCAUCGUAUCGGACAUACGUUUUAAUUGUUAUCAUUCCUCUGGUCCACGCGUUGACGGCGCAAGAAGUUGUGAAGAGGGUGCCUCAUGGAUUCUUCGGUAUGCGAGGCAAGAAAUACAUGGACGCCCGAGACUCAGAGAUGUUUAAACGACGACCGAAUUUCUUUGUCGGCGUUAAGGGAAAACGGGGCUUCGAGUAUCCAGACUUUUGGCAAUACAAAAGGGCACCCAUGGGCUUUGUUGGAAUGCGAGGAAAAAAGGAUUACGACAUUGAACAUCUAACACAAGACGAAGAAAUUAAUGAAGCGAUAAACGAUUAUUUACAAAGACUCCAGAUUCAAGAAAACGACUCAAGUGAGGUGGACAAGCGUGCCUUUUACGGAGUUCGGGGAAAGCGAUUCAUGCAAAAGAGAGAGAAUAGACCUCGUGGUUUUAUUGGUGUGCGCGGAAAGAAAGACGUGAAAUAUGCUGGCCCGAAGGAGAUUAAGUUUUUGCUUGACGGCCCUUGGCCGAAGAGAAAGGCACAGACUGGCUUUUUGGGAAUGCGCGGCAAGAAAUGGCUUAAUGACGACUCCCAAGGCGAGCUGGUACCGAACUAA